UGGCUAUCAUGCACCUGGUGAUGGAGACCAAUGGAGAGAGGGCUUCCCUUGCAGCUAAGUUCCAGACUCCCCUGAGAGUGGGACAGCGGGAGUCAGGCCCAAAGUUGCACAGGUCGCCUGUAGGAGUGCUGGUUGGUGGUCCACUCAGAAGCACAGCUGGUGCAUGGAGACGCCUCUGGUGCACAGAGACGCCUGUGCAUGAUAUGCAAGCCUUCUGGUAUUUGGAUGUUUGUUGGUUAGUCAGUUCGAGCCAAGGUCAGGUACCGGGUGGGGAACAGAACAGACAUGGUCAGGUGGGAUAGCCGAGGUCAU